GGUGGAAGCUCGUGCCGAUAUUCUACGGAUUCAUUCGCGCUCGAUGAACUUGACUCGAGGCAUCAACCUUACAAAAAUCGCAGAAAAGAUGAAUGGAUGCUCUGGAGCCGAGCUUAAAGGCGUAUGUACGGAGGCGGGCAUGUAUGCACUCCGAGAGAGACGUGUGCACGUUACUCAGGAGGACUUUGACCUGGCUACUGCGAAGAUUCUCAACAAGCAUGAUGACAAGGAGGUUGCCGUUUCAAAACUAUUCAAGUAAAUGGAACUGCAACGCGGAUAUGAUCCUUCAUUCCACGGGCCAUUACUGCGGUCGUGACGAUCGCCCCGCUAAUGUCAUUUGCUUUGAAAUAACUUUGACUGGCUGCCAGUCCGUUUUCGAGGCUUCUGGCUUAUCCUUGCUAUCGCCAAGUCAACUUCAAAUGUCUUGUCUUUAGGUGGGGGACGAUAUCUGGAAAAUGUUACGGGUCAAAUGCAAGCAAGGAGCCAUUUGUGUUGACAUGAAAUAUGAAUCAAUUUCCUGGGUUGAAACAAAUCAACUUGCGAGUGCUUCGUAGCGAUAUGUUAUUAUGGUGUAAGGCUUCAGACUUAGGUGUAUGUCAAGGGGCGACCAGCAAGCCAGCUAUACUUCAGGAAAUUU